AUGCCAGGCUAUUACUCGCGGUCCAUGGCGGGCCAACUUCCACUCACUCCACCAGAUUCCGGCUCAGGAUAUGGUUACAGCAGUAUGCACUACCCUCAAGACCCAUACUCAUCACACCAGCAAGUGAGCCAGUGCCGCCAAGACAGCGCCUAUGACUACCAACAAGCCUACAUGCAGCCACCAGUCGCACCUGCACCCCCGACAUACCAAUAUCAGCAAGGCAGCUACCAGCCGACCAACAACCUGCCUCCGAUCUCGAGUUACUACGAGCCUCUGGGCGCGCCGAUACUCCCUCCUCUCAGGAUCCAAGAUCGAGUUCCGUUCGCCGACGACUACCAGCGCCGCCUCCAAGAAGAACAGCAGAAUGCCGUUGCGCGUGAGCAGCAACGACAAGCAGUCAAGGAGGAGAAGGCGACCGGUGGUGUCUCCGCGAAGCUCGACUACGACAUGGAGCGUAUGACGGAUUUCGUUGCUGAAGCUGUUCAGUCGCUGUAUGCCUUCUCCCAGUCCCCAGUCUGCCUUGCAGAUAUUGACGUGAGUCGAAGCUUUCAACACCAGAUGCAGAGCCAUCCGUCCUUCCGCAAGUGGGUGCACCAAGUGCUCUCAGCGACCCGCCUUCCAUCGGCCACGAUCCUGCUCAGCUUGUACUACCUGAACAACCGUCUGCACUACUACCCGAAGUCGGUCAUACCUGGCGAAAACCAGAUCUACCGCCUGUUGGCUGUGUCACUCAUCAUGGGCAGCAAGUUCCUCGAUGACAACACUUUCAUCAAUCGAUCGUGGUCAGAUGUAACGGCAAUCAAGGUCAGCGAGCUCAACAAACUUGAGAUGAACUGGCUGUCGCUCAUCGGCUACCACUUGCACGUUGACCCACAAGAGUCGAACGGUCUUCAAGGCUGGUUCGACUCUUGGCAGGACUACAACGCGAAUUACGUGGCCAAGACUCAGCCAGCCAGACUUUCGCCACUGAACACGGAUGUGCGCAGCCACUCCAGCAGCACCCGCGACAGGUUCUCGCCGUAUCCUUCGCCAUACACAGGCUCGACUGCGUCGUCUCGGUCGUUCGACGCUCCGAUGACAUCACGCUCAUCGCAGUACUCGACACCAUACAGUGCCACCGAUCCAUGGGCGUCAAGCACGAAGUACCAAGUCGACGACUACUAUCGCAAGGACCGAUACCCAUCGGCGUACGAGCUCGAGGAAGCCAGCCGUCGCGCCUCCGAAGAGCGUGCUCGCGCAUCGGCCUACCAGUACGCACCAAGCACUCAAGCAUCGUAUUAUCCAACAUCGACCUACAACUCGGGCUGGGACCAGUCUUCUUGGAACGCUCAUCGAUACGACUGCAACUGCUCAUCGUGUGCAUACCAGGCCCACUACCGGCCAUAUUCGAUGGCAUCGGGCUACACUGCUCAGACUGUCAUGGGUUGA